UGCUGUUUUUAAUGAAGCAAGGGAGUUGGAGCCACAGAGACAUUCAACUGAUGAUGUACAGAGAGAAGGAAAGUCCAAAGUUGCAUGACAUAUAUAAUUGGAACUUGGAAUGUUAGAAAUAUGAAUCAAGCAGAGAAAUCUGAAAAAUGAGUGUGAAUGUGUGGAAUAUCAAAGAAUUGUUUAGCAUUCCUACAAAAAUGGGGCCUAGUAAAUCAUCCAGCUGGACCAGUGCUCCCGGUGAUUACAGCAGUAUGAGUGACUCUCAGUUCCUUUUUGGUUCUCAGUUUUGCCCAGAGAACUCGCAAUCAACAUCAGCCCCUACUGAAUUUAGUAUCCAGCAAAGACAAGAAAAAAGCUCACAGCAAAAUUCACAAGAUAACGAACCUAGUAUUUUUGCCAAAUACCAGUCUAAACCACAGCUCUUUGGAGGCGAUGGAAAGGAUAAAGGCUCACUUAAUUUUCCUCCUGGAAGAUUCAAAGGUGUCUUGGAGCAAUUUGAAGAGAAUAAGAAGAAGAUCAAGGAAAAACACGAUAAUGAGGUUUUAAACACUUUUAUUUUGAACACCAAGGAGAGUCUUCAAAGACUGCAAUCCUCUUUUGAUAAAUCUGAAGAAUCUCUGAAAUCUAUUUUGGAUGAUUUGGGAAAUUUUUCGAAAACAAUGCAAGAAACAUCUCAGUCUCAUUAUGGAUUGGUGCUGAAUGCUCUGAAAGAGAGACAUGAAAUGGAACAAACAUUAUUUGGAAUGGAGAAAAGAAUGCAAGAUAAGGACACAGAAAUCUCUGAUCUGAAGUCUGACUUGCAGUUACUAAAAGUGAGUCUGGAACAAUUAACAGUUCAGCAGAAUGAGCAGUAUGUGAAGCUCUGUGAACUCUUAGGCCAUGUGCAGAUCCCCAGUCUUUUAGCAGAAUUGCAAGCUUUCAUUUCUACUCCCAGAGCACUCUGCCAUGUGAAGGACAAUAGUUCCCAGACUUCUGCAGAUAUGCUGUCGACCCAAUUUCCUUACAAUCCCCAGGACAAUGUCUUAAGUACUCCUCCUGGAAUCAAGGUCUUUUCUACAGUUCCUGGCUCAGAGGGCAAGGAACAUGUUGACAUACAACAGCAAGAGGCGAGCUGUCUCCUAGCCAGAGGCCAGGAUGCUGACAAUACUCUUUCUGCCUGUGGCUUUGGUGCAGCCAUUACUACAGCCAGCCAGCAGGGAUACUGGCUACUUACACAAGAAUUAUGUCAAGACACACCAGUGAGGAAAGUAAUCAAGAGAAACAACCGGCUGAAGGGGAUUAAUAUUGUGAGACCUUCACAGCUGCACAAGAGUGACAGUGCAUUCAUGCAAAACAAGGCAAGUGAGCAAAAAAAUGAAAAUCUGGCCACAGAUAAGAAGAUGCAAAGUAAAAGUAGAAGCAUCAGUGUCAAAGGAGGGAAACCAAAAAUAAGUAGUCAAAGGAAAAAAAUUUAUUCCUCUAAGAAAGGAGGGAACUGUUUGAAGUCUGCCUAUGCUAGUAGGAAGCAAAACAUAACCAGAAAAGGGUUUUCUAAGUCAGAGAAGCCCCAGCAUCAUUAUAGGGAUACAGGGGAGCCGAAUUUGGGAACUUCUGUUGUCAGUGAGAAAAGAAUGCGGUGGGCCAGAGAUGGAAAAGCAGAGAAAGGCAAACUUGCGCUCCAGUCUCAGGAAAGCAAACAGUAUGUAGCUAAUCUACAAGAGAUGUCUGGAAUUAAAAGGGGGGAGAAUCUUCCCAGUACAAAAAAUAGUUGUUUCUGGGCACGCUCCUCUCCGGAAGGCUCUGCAUCCCCAAACCAGAUGAGAUGGCUCAGUCUUUUUGAUAAUCACUCGCCUGCCUGUAAAACACCAUUGCAGCAUAAGACUACAGCCUAUUGCCCAUUAUUUUUUGACAGUGAAUAUUCUGAUUAAAAGAACCUGAUGAAGUCUGAACUACUGCUUCCAGACAUCUCUAGUGGCAAGGCUAACUGGGGGUUCUGGGAGCUGAAAUCCCAAAAAUGACAUUUCACAGUACUGGAACACAUGUACCUGCUGGCAUAAAAAGACUUGUCUUUUGGGUAGUUUUGUAAAAUGUUACAAAUAUAUUUGUAUAUUGCAAGUACAGUAGUAAUAUUCCCAUGUAUUCAGUGUCAUCACAUGGAUGCUUAUAAACUGGAAUAAAACUAAGCUCCUUCCCUGCCCUUCAUUUUCUUUCUUAGGCCUAUUUCAUGUUCAGACUUUCUUACCAGGAAGAAAUCUCAGUCUGAGAAGAGGCUUAGACUUUGGCAUGUCUUUUCAAUCUCCUCACCAUGAAAAGAAAUUACUUGUGCUCAUUUUCAUAUGGCAUUUUGCAAAACCUGUCAUCCUGUUGGAUCCAUCUCCAGAAAGAAGUGAUGUUUUCUGCUAUCGCAUCCAGGAGAAACCCUGCACAAAUAAGAUGACACACAACUUAAAUAAUUUGUGUUCUCCUCAUAUUGAGAGGAUGGGGGAGGUAUAUCAUAUGCUCAUGACUCUUAUAGGAUUGAGAUUCCUUCUUUAAUGAGUAAUGCCCAAACAGGCCUUUGACACUGCUCCCACACCAACCCAACAAAUGCAGUUUCCCCCAAACUGUUGUUAUGUUUAUUACACUAAAAGAGGCUGUCAUUGUUUACUUUGUUUUUGGGAGCAGGUUUUGAGCACAGGAAUAAAAAGUAAAACAUGUACUUGUUGUAUUUAUAAUGUAUCUGUUUGAAAUGUGUUAAUUUAGUGCUUAUUAUAAAAACUCUACAGACUCUGGUUUCCAUUCUGAGUGGGGUACUAAUCAAGCUGGAAGGAUUCCUAUAUUUGCCCCCCUGCUGGCAUGACACACAUGCCACAGCAAUGUGGGAGAGCACCACAAGAAGCAGAUGCCAUGUGGAUUGGCGUGUAUAUGAUAAAGUGUCUUAUGUGGAUAGCUAUCCAGAAAGGAACGUGCAUGGAGCUCUUCAUUUCUCAUCUUGAUGUUACUUAUCAGAUGGAAACCUUGCAGGGAGGGGAGAAUCUGAUGCAGUGCUUUGUUCCGUGGCACCAAAUAAUUGCACCAGCUCUUUGUUCCUGUAGCAGCACAGGUUUGACUUCCUUUAGGAAGGUUUACUACAAGGGAUGCUACCUCUUCCU